UCACUACUUAAGACACCAACCAUUUAUCUCUCAGACUCAGUCACCUCUUCCCCUUUUGUUUUCCAGAAAUAUAGUUGUUACUUGUUAGUUCGAUUAUAUUCGAUCAUCUUCUCGGCUAAGUUUCUGAGAUGCUGGUCAUAAUUAGUCUUCAAGCUCUCUUUCACUUUCCUAACAGAAGAUUUCAGUCUUAAUAUCAAAGGUGUUGUCGUAUCGGCCGCCGAUUAUCUUUAGCACUGCAGUAUAUUCCUUUCCUGUUUUAAUUAAGAUAAACCAUGAGUAGUUUCAAGUUAGGGGUUGAAGUCGUGGGGGCUCAUGACCUUGUAGCCAAAGACGGGAAAGGCUCGUCUAAUCCAUUCGUGGAGCUUCAUUUUGACGACCAGAGAUUCCGCACCACCACUAAAGAAAACGAUCUCAAUCCAGUCUGGAAUGAGAGUUUCUAUUUCAACAUCUCUGAUCCUAACAACUUCAUCAAGCUCCCUCUUGAAGCCUAUGUUUACAGCCAUAACAAAGCAAACAACACCAAAACCUGUCUUGGGAAGCUUCGUCUCACCAGAACGUCUUUCGUGCCCUACUCUGAUGCGGUUGUUAUGCACUACCCUCUUGAAAAACGAACCAUUUUCUCCCAUGCAAAAGGAGAGCUCGGUUUGAAGGUAUUUUUAACUGAUGACCCUUCAAUCAAAUUAUCAAAUCCACUUCCAGCAAUGGAAUCUUUUUUGGAUACAGACGUAGGCUCAGGUUAUGCACAAACUCCAAACUUCCCGAGUUCACUUCCUAAAGAGAAAACUGAUAAAAGGCAUACAUUUCAUCAUCUUCCAAAUGCAAACCACUCGCAACAAAAGCAAAAUUUUACCUCAGUGCCACCCCAACAACAAAUGAAUUAUGGAGUACAUGAGAUGAAAUCCGAACCACAGGCAGCGAAAGUUGUUCACAUGUUCUCAGGUUCAUCAUCACAUUCACAACCAUCUGAUUUUGCUCUUAAAGAGACGAGCCCAUUCCUUGGAGAAGGACGAAUUAUUGGAGGCCGAGUCAUACGAGGAGACAGGCCAACAAGCACUUAUGACCUUGUUGAACAGAUGAGAUACCUUUUUGUGCGAGUGGUAAAAGCCCGAGAUCUUCCUUCAAAAGAUUUGACAGGCAGCCUUGAUCCAUAUGUUGAAGUAAAAGUUGGAAACUACAAAGGAAUCACAAAGCAUUAUGAGAGGAACCAAAAUCCCGAGUGGAAUCAAGUGUUUGCCUUUGCCAGGGAAACAAUGCAGUCAACUGUGUUGGAAGUUGUUCUCAAGGAUAAGGAUUUAGUGAAAGAUGACUUUGUUGGGAUUGUGCGCUUUGACCUCCAUGAGGUUCCGAUGAGAGUUCCACCGGACAGUCCAUUGGCUCCAGAAUGGUAUCGGCUACAAGACAAGAAAGGAGAGAAAAAGAAAGGAGAACUGAUGCUUGCAGUUUGGUAUGGCACGCAGGCUGACGAGACUUUUCCGGAUGCCUGGCACUCAGAUGCUUUUGCCCCCGGCGAUAGCACUUCCAUUGCCUCCGCAUAUAUCCGUUCAAAAGUUUAUCACUCUCCAAGAUUAUGGUAUGUCCGAGUUAAUGUUAUCGAGGCACAAGACCUUGUUCCAUCAGACAAGAACAGGUUUCCUGAUGUAUAUGUUAAGGUUCAGAUUGGUAACCAGAUUUUAAAGACAAAAACAGUUCAACCUCGAAAUUUGAAUCCAAUCUGGAACCAGGAGUUUAUGUUUGUUACUUCAGAACCCUUUGAAGAUCAUCUCAUAUUUUCAGUUGAAGAUCGUGUGGGAUCUAAUAAGGAUGAGACCAUGGGAAAGGCCGUUGUACCAUUGAACUCUGUUGAAAAGCGUGCGGAUGACCGAGUUGUCCGUACUCGGUGGUACAACUUGGAGAAAUCUUUAUCAGAUGCCAUGGAUGGGGAUCGUGCAAAGAAAGAUAAGUUUCAUAGUAGGCUCCAUGUUUGUGUUUGUCUUGAUGGAGGAUACCAUGUGCUUGAUGAGUCAACCCAGUAUAGCAGUGAUCUGCGGCCAACAGCAAAGCAGCUCUGGAAAUCAUCAGUCGGUGUUCUGGAACUUGGAAUUUUGAAUGCCGAUCGGCUCCAACCGAUGAAAACAAAGGAUGGGAAAGGUACAUCAGAUACGUAUUGUGUGGCAAAGUACGGCCACAAAUGGGUUCGAACUCGAACCAUAGUAAAUAGCCUGAACCCAAAAUAUAAUGAGCAGUACACAUGGGAAGUUUAUGAUCCAGCCACAGUUCUCACUGUGGGGGUCUUUGAUAAUUCUCAGAUAGGUGAUUCCAAUGGAAACAAGGAUAUUAAAAUUGGAAAGGUCCGGAUUCGUAUAUCUACUCUAGAAACUGGUCGAGUUUACACACACAGUUAUCCACUGCUGGUUCUUCAUCCAUCUGGUGUCAAGAAAAUGGGUGAAUUGCAUUUGGCAAUACGAUUUUCAUCGACAUCAAUGCUUAGUAUGAUGUUUCAAUACUCACGACCCCUUUUGCCAAAGAUGCACUACAAAAGGCCAUUGAGUGUGAUACAACAAGACAUGCUGCGAUACCAGGCUGUGAAUAUCGUGGCAGCUCGGCUUGGUCGGGCUGAACCACCUCUCAGGAGAGAAGUAAUUGAAUACAUGUCUGAUGCAAAUGCUCAUCUUUGGAGCAUGAGGCGCAGCAAGGCAAACUUUUUGCGCCUGACAUCGGUUUUCUCAGGAUUAUUUGAAGUUGGAAAAUGGUUUGGUGAAGUUUGCAAGUGGAAGAACCCAAUGACAACAGUGCUGGUGCAUUUCCUAUUUGUAAUGCUGGUUUGUUUUCCAGAGCUGAUUUUAUCAACAGUUUUCCUAUACAUGUUCCUGAUAGGGGUAUGGAAGUAUCGUUAUCGGCCAAGGUACCCUCCCCACAUGGACACAAGCCUCUCUUGCGCAGAUGCAGUUUCUCCUGACGAACUAGAUGAAGAAUUUGAGUCCUUUCCUGCAUCAAGGAGCUCGGAUCUAGUUCGGAUGAGAUAUGAUCGUUUAAGGAGUGUGGCAGGAAGAGUUCAGAGUGUUGUGAGUGACAUAGCCAAUCAAGGCGAGCGUUUUCAGGCACUCUUAAGCUGGCGGGAUCCUCGAGCCACUACCAUAUUUGUGAUAUUCUGUCUUGCAGCAGCCAUUGUAUUGUAUGUGACACCUUUCCAAGUGUUUGCUCUUAUAGCUGGACUUUACUUUAUGAGGCAUCCCAGGUUUCGCCACAAGAUACCCGCGGCACCAAUUAACUUCUUCCGACGUUUGCCCGCCAGGACAGAUAGUAUGUUGUAAAUAAGGUUAUGGAAGAUUUUCAUGCAAUUAUCAGUUUUAGAUUCUGGUUGUCCAGCUAUGCUUUUAAUGCCUGAUUUCUUGCCAGUAGUUGUUUUUUGGUGAAUGCUGAUAUAAAACUUUAUGCAUUCAGUGUUAGCCAAAUAAAUGGAAAGAAUCAGAUAUGUGAUGCCUUUGACUUAA